AUGAAAACAAGCCCACCUGCAUUCCACCUCCAUCCCUCCUCAAUCCCACCUGCAUUCCACCUCCAUCCCUCCUCAAUCCCACCUGCAUUCCACCUCCAUCCCUCCUCAAUCCCACCUGCAUUCCACCUCCAUCCUUCCUCAAUCCCACCUGCAUCCCCCCUCCAGCCUGCCUGCAUCCCUCCUCAAGCCCACCUGCAUUCCACCUCCAUCCCUCCUCAAUCCCACCUGCAUUCCACCUCCAUCCCUCCUCAAGCCCACCUGCAUUCCACCUCCAUCCCUCCUCAAGCCCACCUGCAUUCCACCUCCAUCCUUCCUCAAUCCCACCUGCAUUCCACCUCCAUCCCUCCUCAAUCCCACCUGCAUUCCACCUCCAUCCUUCCUCAAUCCCACCUGCAUUCCACCUCCAUCCCUCCUCAAGCCCACCUGCAUUCCACCUCCAUCCCUCCUCAAGCCCACCUGCAUUCCACCUCCAUCCCUCCUCAAUCCCACCUGCAUCCCCCCUCCAGCCUGCCUGCAUCCCUCCUCAAUCCCACCUGCAUUCCACCUCCAUCCCUCCUCAAUCCCACCUGCAUUCCACCUUCAUCCCUCCUCAAUCCCACCUGCAUCCAGCCUGCAUCCUUCCUCAAUCCCACCUGCAUUCCACCUCCAUCCCUCCUCAAUCCCACCUGCAUCCCACCUCCAUCCCUCCUCAAUCCCACCCGCAUCCUGCGUGCAGCCUGCCUGCUCCCCUCCUCCAGCCUGCCUGCACCCCUCCUCAAUCCCACCUGCAUUCCAUCUUCACCCCUCCUCAAUCCCACCUGCAUUACAUCCCCAUCGCUCCUUAAUGCCACCCACAUCUUGCUUCUCUCCCCCAUCCUGCCUCCAUCCCACCUAACUUUCCUCCUCCAACCUGCUUGCAUCCCACCACUAUCCUGUUUCCAUCCCACCUCCAUCCUGACUGCUUCCCACCUCCAGCCAGCUUCCAUCCUGCCCGCUUCUCUCCUGCGUCCUAUCUCCAUCCCCUGCCCGUCCCACCUCCGUCGCGCCAGCAACCUUUGAAGUUUUCAUCUGGAAGUCCAGCAAGGUUUUUACUGUGUCGUUACUGUGUUCACUGACUUUUUUUCCCCCUCAUUUUGGCUGAUUUUCAGAAAAAGGAUGAACACACAAAAAGGUCAUCUUAAGAGCCAGUUUCAAGCCCUGUUCUAAACCCCAAGGAUGCUAAAGGUGCUCUUUAAUGAGAAAGACCAUCCAUUUUUUUCUUUUCUCACCCCUCUCUGGGAGAGGGAGGGGAUAAAAUAUAUUCACCACCACCCUCAGAAAUGGACAGACCAUUUGGCCUGGAAGAGAAAACAAUAACUCUAAUCAGCGAUCAGAAGUCUAGACAUCCGGCAGCCAGUGUGGAAAAUCAAAGCUUGGCAAAGGAAAUCACCUGGGACUUAUUUCAGACAUUGAAAAGGGGAACCCUGAGGACUCCUUAGCAGGGACGGUCCGUGGUGCUUGGUGCUGCACCGAUGGAGCAGAAGGGCUGGUCUGCAAAGGUCAGAGGGAUGCAAUGCUGCUGACUGGCUUCUCUAGACUUUCAGAAAGGUUUAGGUGCCUUAUAGGAGCUCAGGCCUUAUGGCAGGACACAAGCAGAUGCCAAACGAGAUGGAAUAAAAGCAGAUGAUUAAUCCUCAUUUCUUCCCAGCUUCGUCUGUGACACCUGGGCAAGGCUGCUCCAAACUGUCCAGGCACCUCAGAGCAUUUCUGCAAGAUUUUGCAGCUGACUUGCACACCCUUGCAGUGGCAGAACAUCUCCCACGACUCAUCGGUUGGGCUUUGAUGAGGUUAAUAACGGUU